UUUGACUGUCAAUUUGGACGGUCAACACCUGUGACCGUUAGUCAACAUGUCAAUUCAUUGCCUAGUGAGCCUAAAAAUCAAAUAAAAUUUUCAAAUUAAAACUAAUUUCUUAAUUUCUAUUAUUUAUCAUUUUCAAAUUAACAAUUUAUUUUUUGGUUAAUUUUAUAAUGAUAAAUAUAAAUAAUUUGAAUUUGAAUUUUUUAAUAAUUUUUAGGCGGACGAUGCAAUAACAUAUCGUAUUGACUAACGGUCAGCGGUGUUAGAUUAUAACCUAUAGUCCCAUACUAAUGUCACUUGUACCUAUACGGCUAUACCUUAGAAAUAUUCAAAGUACAAUUAUUAACAAUUAAACACCCCAAAAUAAAUAAAAACAAAUACAAAACGAGAAUCAGCCUGUUCGCAGGGAUAUCACAUGUCUCACUGAGCUUGGUGUCAAAAAAAUGGAUCCAAUAAUUUAAUCCCACCAGCUGAAAACCUUCAACUCUCUCUGCCUCCUCUUAUCUCCUCUGUUUCUUACUUUCCACACACAAAAUUGACAUACCCAAGAACAAGCCUCAUAAUUAAGCACGAUUCGAAUCGACACACCAAAGAUGCCACUGCCACCAGCCGCCGACCACGACUCGCCGGCGGCGGGCGACCUGGACCCACUCCUCCCGGGCCCGGAUCUAGCCGGCGACAAGUCCCGGCCCGAGAGGCUGACCAUCGACGAGAUGCUGCAGAGGCACUGCGGCGAGUUCGGGUGGUGGCAGCUCCGUCACUUCGCGUUGACCAACCUGGCGUUGACUUUGGAGGCGUUCCACACCAUGGUCAUGGUCUUCACCGACCGCGAGCCGGACUUCAGGUGCGUCGGCGGCGGCGGCGGUGGUGGGGUGUGUGACCCGGCGGCGGCGCAAGGGGUUUGUGGGCUGGAUCCCGGGUCGUGGGAGUGGGCCGGUGGGCCUGGGGGGACUAUUGUGGCCGAGUGGGGGCUGGUUUGUGGGCAGAAAUUCAAGGUUGGGCUUGUCCAGGCUGCUUUCUUCGUUGGGUGUAUGAUAGGCGCAGGAACCUUCGGCCAUCUCGCCGACACCACGCUCGGCCGGAAAGGAUCUCUCACCGUGGUCUCCAUCAUGAACGCCGUGCUCGGCUGUCUCACCGCGUUCUCUCCGAACUACUGGGCCUACCUCGUCGUCCGCCUGCUCACCGGCAUCAGCUGCGGCGGCGUCGGACUCGCCGCCUUCGUCCUCUCCACCGAGCCCGUCGGCCCCACCAAGCGCGGAACCGCCGGCGGGUCCUCCUUCUACUUCUUCUCCUCCGGGAUAGGGAUCCUCUCCGCGCUGGCUUACUUCCUUCAACCCUGGCGCCAACUCUACAUCGCCUCCUCGCUUCCUUCCGUCGCCUACCUCUUCCUCGCCCUGCCCUUCAUCUCCGAGUCGCCCCGUUGGUAUUUAGUUCGCGGCAGAGUUGAGGAAGCCAUGAAGGUGAUGCGGUCAAUUGCACACUCUAACGGAAACAGCAUCCCCGACGGCGUCGUUCUAGCUCUGGACGAAGACGCAAGCAGUAACGGCAACGAGAAGAAGAGCGAGCAAACGGCGUUAAUAACCACGGGUACCCUAACGGACGUCCUCGGGUCGCCCGUGACCCGAACCCGGCUCCUCCUCGGCAUGGCGGUCAGCUUCCUCUCCUCAACCGUCUACUACGGCCUCAGCCUCAACGUGGUCAACCUCGGCACCAACCUCUACGCCAACGUGGCGGUCAACGCGGCGGCGGAGAUGCCGUCCUUCACCCUGACAGCUGUCCUGCUCGACAAGGUCGGGCGAAAGCCGCUCGCCAUCGCGACGCAGGUUUUCAGCGGGGUCUCGUGUCUUAUCGGGAGCGUGGUGACCGGACGCGCCGGGGGCGGCGCGUGGUGGGAGGUGGUGAGGACGGCGUGCGGGGUGAUGGGAGUGUUUGGGAUGGCCGGCGCGUACAACAUGCUGUAUGUGUACGCGGCGGAGCUGUUCCCGACGGUGGUGAGGAACGCGGCGAUGGGGUGCGCGCUGCAGGCGGCGCAGGUCGGGGCGAUACUGGCGCCGUUCGUGGUGGUGGCGGUGCCGGCGUGGGUGCCGUUUGCGGUGAUGGCGGCGUGUGGGAUCGGCGGUGGGUUGCUGACGUUUAUGCUGCCGGAGACGCUGAACCGGCCGUUGUACGAUACCAUUGCUGGGAUUGAAGAGGGAGAAAUGUCAUGAACCAAUUGGUUCCAAUAACUCGAGUUGUUGGGA